CAGCUGUCGUUUCGUUGCGUGCGGUUUUAACAAAGCGAGCAAUCUUGUACAAUUAUAACAUCAUUUACAUUAUAAACGAGUGCACAAGCAAAUAAAAAAUAAUGGCUGCGCAAUUCUUUAAUCGUAUUGGCCAAAUGGGUCUCGGCGUUGCACUGCUGGGCGGCGUUGUGAACUCCGCAUUAUAUAACGUUGAGGGUGGCCAUCGGGCGGUGAUUUUCGAUCGCUUCACUGGCAUCAAGGAGAACGUUGUCGGCGAGGGCACACAUUUCUUUAUUCCCUGGGUGCAGCGUCCCAUUAUCUUCGAUAUUCGUGCACAGCCUCGAAAUGUGCCGGUGAUAACCGGCAGCAAAGAUUUGCAGAAUGUCAACAUUACACUGCGUAUCUUGUAUCGUCCCAUACCCGAUCAACUGCCCAAGAUCUAUACAAUUCUGGGUCAAGAUUACGAUGAGCGUGUGCUGCCAUCCAUUGCGCCCGAGGUGCUGAAGGCUGUUGUCGCCCAGUUCGAUGCCGGCGAACUGAUUACACAGCGUGAGAUGGUCUCGCAGCGCGUCUCUCAAGAGCUUACUGUGCGUGCCAAGCAAUUCGGCUUCAUUUUGGAUGAUAUCUCGCUGACACAUUUGACCUUUGGCCGUGAGUUUACACUGGCCGUCGAAAUGAAACAGGUGGCUCAGCAGGAGGCCGAGAAGGCGCGCUUUGUGGUGGAGAAGGCUGAGCAACAGAAGCUGGCUUCCAUUAUUUCAGCCGAGGGUGAUGCCGAGGCUGCCGGUUUGCUGGCCAAAUCUUUCGGUGAGGCCGGCGAUGGUCUUGUCGAGCUGCGUCGUAUUGAGGCCGCCGAGGACAUUGCCUACCAGCUAUCGAGGUCACGUGGCGUCGCCUAUUUGCCCAGUGGACAGAGCACGCUGCUCAAUCUUCCCUCUACCCUUGCGCAGUAGUAGACUGAUUGACUAAUCGAAUAAGUUAAAAUGGCCAAUAUUUGUAUCACUUUGGACCCAUCUUUUGUACGGGCUCUUGUCGUUCAACUUUGUUAUUUCCGAAUGGCUCCAUGCCUGCAUCUGAGCUAAUCUUGCAAGUCUUUGAGCUCGGACCGUAAGGCGUAAAAUUACAUCGUGCAGGAUUAUUACAAAUUUGUUAUGUGAACAAAAGAAUUCAAUACAAUAAAUACAUAUUAAAUAUGAAAUUUACACCUAAA